CUCUCUAUCGCAAUUAGGGUUUCUCAACAUUUCCAAGGUAAAAUGAGGCCCAUUUUCUGUGGAAACUUUGAGUAUGAUGCACGACAGUCCGAUCUGGAGCGCCUCUUCAGAAAAUAUGGGAAGGUUGAUAGAGUGGAUAUGAAGUCUGGUAAUUUUGGCCCAUUCUUUUUUGUCUAAACUUGUAACUUUAUUUUUGGCUCGUUAAUUGUUAGUAUAUAUAGUCAUCUACUUGUAUUUAUUUCUGUUUGUUGUAUGGCUAAUUAAGCAUUUGACUAUGAAACCAUUGAACUGUUUUACUUGGAUUCUAAGUGAGGAAAGUGCCAAACAUCUGUCCCUUUAAAGCUCAUUCUUACGAAUUAGGUCACAAAUUUGACUUGACGUGGUCUAGCAUAGAUGUUUGAAGUGGCUUUCUGUACUAGCUGAUGUGUUUUAAUAAUAUUCUUGAUUGGGAAAAUAACUUUUUUGAACUUACGCACAUGAGCAUGUAAGAGAAAGACAUAAGUCUGCAUAAUGCAAAGAGCCAGUGAUCCUUGAACCUAUUGUAGUAGUGGUGAAGAGAAGGAUCUUUCUGUGCCAACCAAGAAAGUACAGAGUUCAAGGUAGUCUUAUCAAGUACAUCAGGAGAAACAAGGCGGUGUAGCUGUUAAUUUAUGAAUUGGUGGCUGAUAUUGACAUGAACUGUACAUUAAUACGCCCAUGGGUAUGGUAGGGUAAGCAUUUUGAAGCCUCAUGCAACAUUAUGAUUUUGCAGUUAAUGUGCUCAACCAUUUAAUUGCUUCUUUGAGGUCACGUUCAUGACAAAAUUAUCUUAAAAUGCAUCUAUUUGAAAGCGUUGCGUGGAAAAUUUAAAAUUAUAAUGCAAAUACCGUCUUACCAUGACAACGACGGGGCCAUGGAUGCUACAGCAGCAAUAUCAUUCAGCUUGGGCAAGUUCCCCUUCUAAAGGUGGCUGCUUUCAAUGCCUAUGACUGGGAUAUCAUCAAGACCAUGCGAUCAGCACUGCAGCCGUCCCUUGUUGAGUUAUAGUGGGGUGAAGAUGUGUUUUGAGGAGAAAAAAAUAUUUAUUAUGAAGUGUAAAACCCCCAUACUCAACUAAUUCUUUGCGCAGGAUCACUUUGGCAUGUUCAUAAAAUUCCUGGCUGAUGGAUGGGCUCUUCUGCAUUCCAUUUCCUGGCUGCGACGAGCUUCCUCUUCUUGUUUCCAAGAAGAGCCAUUCUGAUUCACUAUGGCAUCACAAUCCCACAUUUUCCACAGACACCAUUGCAUUUCAUUCCUCAUGAAUUUUGCACAGCCUUCAUUUUCAGACAUGUUCCCAGGUAGAAACCAUGCCGACCUCGAAGCAGAGGCAUCAGAAUAGAUGGAGAAGGCACUCUUUUCAUUAUCCUAUCAUGAGACAUCCACCUUUGGAUUCUUGUUCCUUGACAUCACUUAGUUCAUCUCCCAAGGAUUUGCUUUCGUUUAUAUGGAGGAUGAGAGAGAUGCAGAGGAUGCAAUUCGAGGACUUGACCGAAUAGAAUUUGGUAGAAAGGGCCGCCGUCUUUGUGUUGAGUGGACAAAGCAAGAACGUGGCAUUAGGAGACCUGGGAGUUCUAAAAGAUCUUCAUCAAAUUCAAGACCCUCAAAGACUUUGUUUGUCAUUAAUUUUGAUCCAUAUCAUACUAGGACAAGGGACUUGGAGAGGCACUUCGAUCCAUAUGGGAAGAUAUUGAAUGUGAGGAUCAGAAGGAAUUUUGCAUUCAUUCAAUUUGAAUCGCAAGAGGAUGCCACCCGGGCGUUGGAUGCUACAAACUUGAGCAAGCUGAUGGAUCGGGUUAUUUCGGUGGAAUAUGCAAUCAAAGAUGAUGAUGACAGGCGAAAUGGCCACAGCCCUGAUAGAAGUCGCGAUAGGUCACCCGGAAGGAGAGGAGGCCACGAGAGGGGGGGACGAUCUCCGAGCCCCUAUCGGAGAGAGAGGGCUAGUCCUGAUUAUGGUCGUGGCCGUAGCCCUAGUCCUUAUCGAAGAGAGAGGGGUAGUCCUGAUUACGGCCGUGGUCCAAGCCCGAGUCCCUAUCGAAGGGACAGGGCUAAUUCUGAUUACGGCCAUGGCCGUAGUCGGAGCCGAAGUCCUCGAAGAGAGAGGCCUAGUCCUGAUCAUGGGCGUGAACGCGAACGCGAACCCAGCCCAAGGGGGAGAGUUGUUAGUCCGCCUGAUUAUGAUCGUGGCCGCAGCGCAAGCCCUGAAGCAGGAGAGAGGAUCAGUCCUGAUGACUAUCGUCAGGGCCCAAGCCCAGAUUCUAAGCCUGAAGCGAGGGAUAGUCCAAAGUACGGUGGUGGAGAAGAGAGCCCCUCACAGGAGAGAGAGAGAUACCAGAGUCGUUCACCGGUGGCCCGAGAAAGAUCUCGUUCUUGAACGGAAAUUGACUGUUUUUGCCCUCAGUAGUAGGGAAGCAUUUUGUCUCUUGCUGCUUUCUGCGAAUUUUCCUACUAAAACUGGUGCGACCAUUGUGAAGGAAAAGCUCUUAUGAAGUAUGGACAUUUGGUGCCCUAGCCUUCUGUUUAGUUUGUAGUUUUGCUAUAUUUCAAUGUUUGUUCUUGAUUGUAAUGGAUUUUUUUUUGUUUUAUUUUAUCAUUGGUUUGAACUAGAGAAACAUGCUUGUAUUAACCCUAUGACUUAGAAUUUGAACCCUAAUAUUUGAUAUUGUCUGUCUGUUAUCUUUGA